AUGAAACCGCAAGAAAUACCACAGUAAGCUGCUUAAAGUGAUCAUGAGUUUGAUAAACAUCAUCAUCAUGAAAGUUAGGCAGAUGAUCAUGGCGAUGAACACCACCUGCGAGAAUACACUUCAAAGGAGUUGAGGAGUAUCAAAAUCUAGGGUGUUAUUUGUUUAAUUGGAGGGAUUGCUCUGCACUUUGUACUUGGAACAUUUUAUCUCUGGGGUGGAAUUAGUCCAUAUGUUGGUGCUUACAUGAAAGACAGGGAUCCAAGUGUCACCUAAUCGACACUUUAGAUCAUAUUUCCUAUAUUAGGAAUUGGAUUAUUUUCUGUCCUCUCGUUUGGAGUAAAAUUGGCUCAACGAAUCGGAUACAAAACGAUGAUUGGAUUGGGUGGCAGCAUCAUAUCGCUGGCCUUUUUAAUAUUGUCAUUCAUAAACAAUAUUUACGCAUUCAUCUUCAUAUAUUGUUUCAUGGUUGGUAUUCCAUCUGGAUUAGUAUAUAUGUUACCCAUAAUUUGUGGUUGGAAAUUCUUUCCUUUCAAUAGAGGAUUGGUGUCUGGUUUGAUUAUUGCUGGAUAUGGAUUUGGAGCAUUUAUUUUUAAUUUUGUGUGUAAGGCAAUUUGUAAUCCAAAUAAUGAGGAGCCAAGUAUUCCAUUUGAAGAAGAUGGAAAAAUCAAGAAAUACUUCUCCAAAGAUGUGUUUCAAAAUGUCCCCUUCAUGUUUCAGAUGAUGGCAUUAUCCUAUUUUAUAUUAACAAUAAUAGCCACAUUAUUAAUUAAAUAUCCAAGAGAUCUUCAUCUUGAAUAUUAAGCUGUUUUGGGUGAUGGAACCAAGAAACCAAGUGGAAUAAAUCAUGAGAAAUCAAUUGAUUAUCAUCCAACAGUACUACAUGCAGAAUGCGAGACUCUAGGUUAAGGAAUCAAAUCAAGACCCUUUUGGUUUUUGAUAGUCAUGGUUUUAUGCUCAGUUAUUUUUGGGUUAUUGAUGGCAAAUUGUUACAAAGUGUUUGGUUAAACUCUUGGGAUUGAUGACUCAAGUUUGACUGUUCUUGGAUCUGUUUAAUCAGUGUGUAAUGGAGGAUCAAGAUUUUUGUGGGCUGUGUUAUUUGAUAAAUAUGGGUUUAAGAAACUCUUUUUAGUUAUUUCAGUGAUUAAUCUGAUUUGUAGUGCUACAAUCGGAUACAUUAAUAAUAGUUAUGCUGGAUAUUUUAUAAUUUUAUGUUUGACAAUGUUUUGUGAAGGUGGUCUAUUGUCAUGCUAUCCUGCAGUUAGUGCUAAAGUAUUUGGACAUAAAGUAGGACCUGUUAUCUAUGGAGGUUUAUUCUUUGUGAUAGGUAUAUCAAACAUGUUGGGAUACUUGUUGUACAAAUUUGGAGAACCGAAAAUAGGGUAUAAUGGAGUAUUUUGGAUUGUAUUCGGAUUUUGUUGUGUGGCAUUUAUCUUGGGUGUGUUAUUUAAGGAGGAACAUGAAUGGAAAAAGGAAAAAAAAUGA